AUGGACACUGGCGGUCUUGCUCAAAUGACUUACAACAACAUGUCCCUCAACACCUCUUCUCUCGGCGUUCCCGGAUCUGGAUUUGCUUCUCGGGGUAAAGGUUCUCAUAUCAAACGACUCAGCGUUCCACACCCAUCUAAACUCGAUCAGCGAGAUGAUGCUCACGGAUCCAUUUCAACUCCACGUACGAGCCGUUCUCACCUGCUUGCUGGGUUGAGGACUGCCCCCAAGCAACCUACCACUCCAUCUACCGCUCCACUGAUGCAGGAACAUCCUCAUCAGAAUGGCUUUGGUGGGAUGCAAAAUUACGGUGGCCACUCCAACGCGUACCUCGGUGGAGUUCCCCAAACUGCUACGGGGGUGUCGUUUAACCAUUCAAAGUCUUACAGCAGCGGAAACGCUGCUCAGACAUAUGGGCAGAUGUACUCUCUUCCCGAACAUGUCCUAGCUCCCCCGGCUCUCGAUCAUAUUCUUGAAGAAAAUGGUGAGCCCAUGGAUGAGGCCCUAUAUGCAGAGCUAGUCUCUACCAAUUUGUACCUCGCCGCUCAGCAACAGCGUCUUCAACAGCAGCUAGCCAGCGUUACUGCUGCUGCUCAACAGUUCCAGGCUCUUCACAUCGGAACUCCUAUGCAUUCCACCCAUGCACAGGCUCUUCAGCAGCAACAACAGCAGCUCUUCUCCCCGCUUCCUACCAUGGGAUUCUAUCAACAGCAGGCCCAGCAUGGAAUGCAGCCCGUUGUGCACCCUGUACCCGGAAAGCCCGGCGUGUUCUCAGUGUACAAUCCAAUGACUGGACAGCAGAGCUACGUGGUAGACAAUAGCGUCUACGAUGAGGUGCCGCUGUCUGCCGCACCAACUACGUCGACUUACGAAGACCAGAUUCGCUCUCCAGUGGAGUCUCACGCAAGCAACGGUGGCUUCCAUGCACACACUAAUGGCAACUCGAAUGGUCACACGAACGGAAACACGCCCUCGAUGUUCCGCACUUCCGCCCGUGUCUCUCCACCUCCAACGGAAUCACGUCAGUCUCCCGUCCGCAAUCACUCUUCGACCCCAUCUACCCGCAACCCGACACCGCCUCGUGAGGCUCAGUCUCAAGUGCAGCCCCAGCAGCAAGCCCGUCAAUCCCCUCCUCUUCAGUCUCCGGCACCUGGUAUCAAGCGUGACCACAAGAAGUCGCUGUCUUUGGCCGUCAAGCUUAUCAACGAAACCACUCGAUCUGGUAACAAUGGCGCUUCUACGCCUAAGUCAGCAAUGUUCCCACAGACCCCUGCUUCUGCAGGACCUGGUACCUUUGGACCUGGUCAAAACCGUGCUGGAGAGCAUGCAAUUCGUCAGCCCCGUGGACCACCACCGCUUGAGGAACUCGUUGCCAAGCCCACGACGAAGCAUGAGGGAAGCAAGAACUUUGCCACUCGCCAACGCCGUAGGGCCGUACACAGCCUUGUGCGUGCUAGACUAGAGCGGAACACUUCCACAUCUACAUCCAACGGCAACUCCCACAGCACAGGCAGCGUGACUCCUUCCAGUGAACAUGGAAACGAGCAUGAGGGUGAGGGUGAAUUUUCCUUCUCGCCAUCCGAUGGUGAUGCUGAUAGCAGCUCCUCCCUCUCUGGCCGACGAAGCCUAGGAAGCCUGCGUGCUGCUGCCAAUGGAGCCAUUGGAUCAGAAAGGAAGCAGGUUGCUGGCCCCACGAAUAAUGGAGCCGGGGAGCUCGAUGCCGGUCGCAGGAAGAUGCCAAUCAUGGUUCUGUCCAACGCGGAGAAAAGAAAGAGCACUGUUAUGUAA